AUGGAGGAACUGGCCCGAGAGAGCAUCAGCCUGCUGGCUCGGUCCGCAUCCCAUUCUGAUCCCCCACAGCUGGGAUCUUUUGGUGCCGUGUUCAUUAUGCUGAAGUCUGCACUCGGAGCUGGACUACUAAACUUCCCAUGGGCCUUCCAGAAGGCAGGGGGAGUGACCACUGCUGUCAGCGUGGAGCUGGUUUCUCUGGUGUUCCUCAUCAGUGGGCUGGUCAUCCUUGGCUAUGCCUCAUCCAUCAGCAGACAAAAAACCUACCAGGACGUGGUGAGGGAAGUGUGCGGACGUGCGGUCGGGCAACUGUGCGAGGUCUGCUUCUGCUUCAACCUCUUCAUGAUAUGUGUGGCCUUUCUGGUGGUGGUGCAGGACCAGCUGGAAAAAUUGUGUAUUUCUCUGUAUGAGACGGUGACCGGGUCAGGUGAGGAGGAAAUGCCCUAUCAUUGGUACACAGAUCAGCGCUUUGCCCUCUUCAUCAUGUGCCUCGUCAUCAUCCUACCACUCUCCAUCCCAAAAGAAAUUGGCAUCCAGAAAUACACAAGUGUGCUGGGGACCUUGGCUGCAACCUACCUGUGUGUGGCAGUUAUUGUCAAAUACUACAUGAUGGAGGACCACACCGCCAUUAUAACACCAGAGCACAGUCAAGGUGUAGGCUCGUGGGCGUCUAUGUUCAGUGUUGUGCCAACCAUCUGCUUUGGUUUCCAGUGUCAUGAAGCCUGCAUCGCCAUCUACAGCAGCAUGGAGAACCAGAAGAUCUCGCACUGGGUGGUCAUCUCUGUCAUCUCCAUGCUCUUCUGUCUGCUCAUCUACACUCUCACUGGUGUGUACGGCUUCAUGACGUUUGGUAGAGCGGUUGCCUCGGAUAUCUUGAUGUCCUAUCCAGGGAACGAUGUGGUCAUGAUCAUUUCCAGACUGCUUUUCGGAAUAUCAAUCAUCACCAUCUAUCCUAUUAUUCUUCUUUUAGGGAGGUCCGUCAUCCUAAAUCUGAUGGUGCGGUUCCAAAGGCGUCGGCAUGGAAUUGUAACACACUCUUUUGAGAGUCGCUGCAGGGUGCUUCUCACUGUGAUCUGGAUCACCAUCACUCUUCUUAUCGCCAUGUUUGUCCCUGACAUGGGUGAGGUCAUCAGCGUGAUUGGAGGAAUCAGUGCCUUCUUCAUCUUUAUUUUUCCAGGUCUUUGCUUGGUGUUCAUCAUGCAAAAUGAACCAGUGAAUCCAAGAGUCAGGAUUGUUUUAACCAUUUGGGGAAUCAUAACGAUUGUUGUCGGGGCCUUCAUCUUCGGACAAAGUACCACCAUUGCUGUCAUGGAGCAACUACAGAAAUUCUGAACAUCUUCACCACCACCACCAUCAUCAUCAUGGUGCUCCAAUCUUAGUCCAGAGCACUGGAUGGCGCUGUUUUGUUUUGCACAACUGAACAUUGAUUUUUUUUUUAGG